AUGUCACCACAUGCUGAAGACACCUUUGACAGCGAUAGCCUGGACUACCGCGCCAUGAGUGGCUCAUACACAAAUGGCGACAGCACCGCCCACGAUGCCCACGCCAACGGUGCCAGCGGAGCUUCAAGCACUCGUCUCUCAACGCCCGUGAGCCACGGUUCAGACGGGAAGCCUCAGUACCGCGAGAGGUCGCCACAUCUGACCGCAGCCGACCCUGAGAGCGAGCACGACCUCAUCUGCGUAGGGUUUGGGCCUGCGAGCCUCGCCAUUGCUGUGGCUCUCCACGACUCUAUUGCUGCGGGCAAGCAGCUUCGCCCAGAUGGCACCGCACCUCGUGUUCUUUUCAUAGAGAAGCAGCCUACGUUUGCGUGGCACACGGGCAUGCUCCUGCCUGGCGCCAAGAUGCAGAUCUCGUUCGUCAAGGACCUCGCCACCAUGAGGGAUCCCCGUUCAGAAUUCACGUUUCUGAACUAUCUCCACCGUCAAGGCCGUCUGGUCGAUUUCACAAACCUGGGCACCUUCCUACCGGCGCGUGCCGAGUACGAGGACUACAUGCGCUGGGCUGCCUCCUUCUUUGAGCCCGUGGUGCGGUACAGCAAUGAGGUCAUCUCCGUCUCGCCAGACUCGGGGGCCAAGAGCGUCAAGAAUUUCACAGUCCAGUCUCGCAAUGUCGAGACCGGCCAAGUGAGCUCAUUCCGCGGGAGGAACGUGGUGUUUGCGACGGGCGGCGCGCCGUCUCUGCCCAAGAGCUUUCCUCAGAAGCACCCGCGUGUGAUUCACUCGUCACAGUAUGCCAACGUCGUGAACCAAGUCCUCAGCAACCCCAACGCCCCGUAUCGCGUGGCUGUCGUUGGUGCCGGGCAAAGCGCGGCCGAGAUCUUCAGGGACCUGCAGAACAAGUUCCCCAACUCGCACACGCGGCUGCUCAUGAGGCAGGAGUUUCUGCGUCCGAGUGACGACUCGCCAUUCGUCAACUGCGUCUUCAACCCCGAGUAUAUUGAAGACAUGUUUCCUCGAUCAGCCAAGCACCGCAACAACCUGUUGGCCGAAGCGCGCGGCACCAAUUAUGGCGUGGUCCGCCUCGAGCUUAUCGAGGACCUAUACGAGCGCCAGUAUGAGCAGCGUCGUGAGCUAGGACGCGACGACAAGGUCUGGCCGCACCGAAUUUUGGGUGGGCGGCAGAUUCGCAGCCUGGAACCUCUUGCGGAUGGCCGGGUCGACCUGCAUAUUCAGAGUCUCGAGGACAUCACCCCGGAAGGCUUUGUCGGUGUCGAGGAGCAUUUCGAGGCGGACCUCGUGAUCGCCGCGACGGGCUACCAGAGGGGCGCGCACGUCGACAUGCUGCGCGGCGCUUGGGAUCUGCUGCCCAAGGCGCUGCCCAGCAAUGUCCAGUACCGCAAGGGCAUCGCAGGCUGGAACGUGGACACAGAGCACGGCGAGCGAACAAUCGCAGUCGGCCGCGACUACCAGGUCAAGUUUAUCCCUGGGACAGUCGCGGAAGGGUCUGGUGUCUGGUUGCAGGGCUGUUGCGAAGGAACGCAUGGACUGUCGGAUACCUUAUUGUCAGUCCUUGCGACGCGUUCGGCCGAGAUUGUCAAUUCUAUUUUUGCACACAAGCAAUGAUUGGAAGGGACGGGAUGUUGUGACGACGUGGAGGAGACAUGGUGCGAGGUCGCGGUUCAAAAGGUCCUGGUCAGACUAAAACUCGUGUGCAAUGAGGCUAUAGCGUCUGAAACAUAUUCAACGCUAUGAUCGCGUCGGAACCGUGCCGCUGCAGACUGGAGUUAGUCAACACAGAAAUUAGAAAAUACUGCCCAAGUGUAACUGUCGUUACGAUCGCGCUGGUGGUGAGAGUC